UGGUGCUUAGAUAGCAGAAAGCAGACAAUAAAAUUGCAUCUCUCGGCUUUCGUUCUCGGUCUCGGAAAUCGGAAUCUCAACUGUAGCAGAAACAAAGUACUGGCGCACGCGAAUAAACUUCUCACGUUACAACAAAGUAAGCGGCGGAUAACGCAAUUCAUACGAUAAGUGCAGGCAGGUACCUACUUAGUGUGGUUUAGUUCGAGCAGCAUUGACUGAGAUCCUGGCAUACAGGAAUUAACUGUUCGAGACACUUCAAAACUUUAGUGGUGUUUGAGGGAACAGAUAUGCGUUGAUAAGAAAUGAGAGAUUAAAAAUCAACGGGCAUUCAAAGAAGACCUUUGACACUCUACUAAUGUCAAUCAAAGAACAGAACUGAAGUAAAAUGGGUGUAAGAGGUUUGCAGACUUUUAUUGAGGAUUACAGCCCUCCUGAAUGUUUUGCUCUUGUGAGCAUCAAACAAUUGGUCGAGGAAUUUCGUGCGGAAACAGGUGAACUCAACCCAAAAAUUGUAUUCGAUGGAUCAUCAACAAUGCGGUUUAUAUAUGGAGAUCUUGAUUGGGUUUCUGGUGGCCAGAUUAAGCAGUUCUUAAAAAAAAUUGAAGAUUUUGUAAAAGCCUUCACAAAGCUGGGUGUUCGCCCUGUGUUUUUUUUCGGAGGGUAUGGCGCUGAUUUCUCCUCUAGGAAAGGAUGGUUUAUGCGGUGCCGUGAUAAACUUAACAAAGUUAAUACAGUGUUUCAUAAGUUAGCAAAUGACACUUUGACUAGUGAAUUGGAACCAUUUUUAUUUGUCAUGCCGACCAACAUUGGUUUUUCACAUUAUUUUCGACAAAUUGAAGGCUGUGAGGUUCACAAAGGUCUUACAGACUGUGAUUCUGAAAUAGCCCAUUAUGCGAGAGAAAACAACUGUCUGGCAGUAUUUGGACAGGAUUCAGAAUUCAUAAUCUAUAAGAGUGUAAAAUACUACUUGUCAGCGAAACAUUUCAACAUGGCCAGGAUGGAAACUCGGAUUUACAACAGAGAGCACUUUGCUGAUUUUCUAGGCAUCCACUCAUCUCAACUUCCGCUUUUUGCCACCUUAGCAGGAAAUAAUACAGUCAAUUAUUUCAAGGAUUUAAGGCAUUUUCAUCGGUCACUGUGUAAUAUUAGAGGAGGAAAAGUGCGCUUUGAAGUUUUGUUUCCUGCUCUAUCGGAAUAUAUUAAAAAACUGCCUCGUGGUAGAGCUCUCUUCGACGUUCUACCAGACAUUGCUCAAGAAGUCCUCCAGGAUUCUAAGAAAUCUCCACUCCUUGCAAUGAGUAUACGGAAUUACAUAGCUACACCAGAAACUUUUUUACCUGCACGUAUUUCUGAGCAUCCAGAAUGGAACGCAAUAUUGGAGGUUGCAGAAAAGUUACAUAGAGCAGAUAUAAAUUCAGCAAUCAUAUUAAAAAUCAUGCUUGGGGAUGGUUUUGGAUCCUCUGCCGGGUUUGAAGACUUUCGGAAAAAUGAUCUUCCUCCAGCAAUGAGUAUGCUACGCACCAUGAGAAAAAGAUUCUAUGGCAUUAUUUUGAUGGAAAAACCAGCUGACGUAGAACCCGAGAUAGUGGAGGAGUGGAGUGUGGAGGGAAACUCCAAUAUAGAAAAACCUUUUACAGUUUGGCCAAUUUUACCCACAGAUCGUCAUCCAGGAUUAUUGGCACUUUGGGGUGAUGACCGAUCGCAGGAAAUGGAAAUGAUUAGAUGGCGAUUAUUUGUGCAUGCCGUGUCUCCUCGGCUUAAUCCUGAAGAAGUAAUGAACCUACCUGAGCAUUUGGUUAUUCCAGUUGCUGCCCUUUUUUACAUAGAGGAGCAAGAUUUUUUAAAGCCAUGGGAAAUAGAGGCUUUGCUGGCGGUGGCUGUUACGUUGCCUUCAGAGUCACUUGAUCGCCUAGCUGACCUGUCUUCAGAUCCAGUAAAUUUACGAGCCAUUCGUGUUGCUACCAUUUACACACGCACGCUAUGUGCCGUUAUUCGGUUAAUCACUCUUUGCGGUUAUCCUUUACCUGCUUCCAAGGCUUUUGCUCAUGCUUAUUUUGACGGAAAACUUUUUCAACACAUUUACAAAAAUGCCACGUAUGGAGUGUCCCAAGAAGUUCUUCUCGAAGAUCAGGCCUGUCAUGUACAACAAUUCCGAGAAGCAAAGCAACUAUUAUUCAAGAACUCCACCAGCAGAAAAUCAUUCAGAGAUGCUCAUGAAUGAUUAUUUGCCUCCUAAUCUCAUCUUGGCUUGUUCAGUAUUUUAAGAAGAGAUGAUCAUUGAUUGCAACUUUUUUUUUCACUUGCUUUAAACCUACUAUUUAUCUCCUUUGCAAUGAUCAUUGCAAUUAUACCAUUGCAAUCUAUAUUUUGUUAAUGUUUUGGAAUAGAAAUAUUAAUUUUGUUACAUUAAUUUUU